AUGGCUGCCAUGCCGUCCUCAGAAUUGGAAGGUUUCCAUGCUUUCAUUACCGGUGCUGCGGGGGUUGUGGGAAGCUUCAUAAUUCAAGAAUUUCUAGCACUAGGCUGUUAUGUCACAUCGCAUGAUUCAAAGCCGUAUGAGCUGCCGCCUCAAAUAGGUCUAGACCGCCUCAAUUCUUACUAUGGCGAAGUAACCGAGCGAAGUUUGAACCGUUCAAUGCAAGAGGCUAGGAACAAGUUCGGGCCUAUAAACAUUCUUAUACUCACUGCUAGCUAUGAUGACAAGAUCAAUGAGUACCGAGUGUGGGAUCUACCAUUGGAUACAUGGGAGGAAGCAUAUCAAGGCGCUGCGCGCAAAACGUUUGUAACCAUCAAACAGUUUCUUCGAUCAGCGAAGUCUUCUCAGGAUGCUCAAAGCGGUAGAGAAAUUGAUAACCUCUCUAUUGUGGUCAUAGGUAAUAGCAAGCCUGGGGAACAUGCCGUACCAUUUGACCUUAUUCAAAGAGUGAAGAAUGAGUUACCUCAAUUGAAUCGCAAGGCUCGGAUAAAUGCCGUGGUUCCUGUUGGGCCAAUCAAUCCUCUGAUGGCUGAGGACUAUAUAGCCCCUCAUCUCGAAGCGUUGGCACGAGCAACAGCUUUCGUAGCUUCGGACCGUGAAGCUGGUCACUUGUCGGGCGAAUGCAUCAUUGCAAAUAAUGAAACUGAAGGUCGGCUUGCAUGGCGGGGCAAAGAGACGAUUAGUUUCAGCAAGAGUUCGACAAGCCGAUCUUUAACAAUCCAGGCGGUACCUCGGUUGUUGCUUCCAUCAUCUGGCAAUAAGAUUCGCGUUGCUGUAACGAUAGAUUUGGAUGCUGUCUCUGGAUGGCUAGGAACGGGAUACUCCCCAGAAAAUGUGCUAGCCGAUUAUUCAGCUGGAUUCUUUGCGGCACGAGUUGGAGUACCGCGGUUAGUCAAAAUGCUUCAAAGAGUGGAUAUAGCCGACAAAGUGACUUGGUUUAUACCUGGUCAUUCAGCAGAGAGCUUCACGGAGGAGGUCCAGCAAGUUGUUGAUACUGGCUGCGAGAUUGCUCUGCAUGGAUACGCGCAUGAAGGUGCCUACUCGCUUACCGUACAGCAAGAGCGUGACAUUCUCGAGAAAUGUAUUCAAAUCACGAAAAAGCUCACUGGUAAGAGGCCAGUAGGCUACCGAGCGCCCUUGUACCAAGUCCGGGAGUCCACACUGGACCUUUUGGAGGAGUACGGGUUUGAAUAUGACUCGUCUUUGACCGAUCAUGACUGUCGGCCCUUUUUUGCUCCUCGCCGUCCACCCCUUCAGCCGAUUGAUUACAGUAAACCCGCUUCGAGCUGGAUGCAUCCUAUUCCAACAUCCUCAUUAGGCGAUAGGAGAUCCUCGGAUCGUCGUCCGCUCGUCGAAAUACCUUGCAACUACUACAUGGAAGAUAUGACCCCAAUGCAAUUCCUACCACACGUACACAAUUCGCACGGAUAUGUCGAUGUACGAUCAAUUGAGCAGAUGUGGAAAGAUCGAUUCCUAUGGAUACGGGAACAUGAGGAAAGCCCAAUAUUCACGAUCAUCAUGCAUCCCGAUACAUCCGGUAUGGCUCAUGUUAUUGGUAUGGUGGAGAGAAUGAUCCGGUGGCUGCAAAGUUAUGGGGACGAGGUGGAGUUUAUGCAAGCUGGAGAGAUGGCAAGAUGGUGGCUUGCUGAAAAUGAGAAGAAUAGGUAG